AUGCGGCCCAUCGUCGCCGUCCCUAUCACCCUCCUCCUCAUUAUCCGCUCCUACACUCGCCGGUCGCUCACCAUCCCUGGCAUCCUCUCUGCAGCCCUCACGGCAACGAUCCACGCCUUGCAUCCCUCGGCCCUCCCCUUCACUCUCCUCUGCGUCUUCUUCCUCCUCGGCACCACCGCUACAAAAGUAAAGCAUGAGGUAAAGGCCAAGCUCACACUAUCGAGUAGCGGCAGCUCCGGCGGAGAGGGGCCACGGACAAGCAUCCAGGUAUUGGCGAACAGUGGGUGUGCGAGUUUCCUGUGCGCCGUGCAUCUUUGGCUUUACGGACACGGCAGCCUGCCGGCGUGGUCCAAUGGCGGCAGCAAGCAAGAUAGUGUACCCGAUGUUUUGUUAUUGGGGAUUAUGGCCAACUAUGCCGCGGUCACGGCGGACACUCUGUCGAGUGAAUUGGGGAUCUUGUCGACCUCUCACCCGGUUUUGAUCACGCAUCCGUGGCGAGUCGUUCCCAAAGGGACAAACGGCGGCGUCACGCUGGCAGGAUUGCUUGCAGGCGUGGCUGGUGGUGCUGCUAUUGCAGCGACGAGCGUGUUGAUCCUUACCUUUUCCACGGCGUCGACUUUGAAUAUUGUCGGGACAUUUCUGGCGCUUACGGUCCUAGGUGCGAUGGGCACUCUCCUCGACUCGCUCUUGGGUGCUAUACUGCAAGCAUCAGUUGUGGACCGCCGAACGGGCAAAAUCAUUGAAGGUCCUGGCGGAGCGAGGGUCCUCGUCAAAUCAAAGUCGAAGCCUCAAACUCAGUCGCAAGAGCAUGCUAGGAACGACAGUGGUGAAGAGAGCCGGCUUGUCAACUCCGGCACCGACAUCCUGGACAACAACCAGAUCAACCUGCUCAUGGCAUCCAUCGUGAGUGUUACAGGCAUGGCGGUGAGAAAUCUAUUAUAG